AUGAAGACGGUGGUAGCGACUACAGUGUUAUUACUGAUUCAGGGUGUGAUAGGACAGUCGUGCGGACUCACAGAAAUGACCUUGUCGACAGAUUGCAGCGACGCAUGCUCACAAUACGAACCGUGCUUAGCCUACGGCGCCUCCAUGUGCCCUUCCAAAGUUUUGUGUGUCACCAGCGACCAGUGUGCUAUUCAGUGCUUUUCAAAGACUUUGAACGAUCCAGAUACGUUCACGUUUUUAGUAAUGUUUGGAAUGUACGACAAGACAAUGGCAGAUAGCAGCUUGUCCUUGCUUGAAAAUGAGGUUAAUGUCAUCCCAGAUGAGACUGACACGUACGCGUCGAUCAGCAAUGACGCAGUCUCUACUAUCAGUACUAUUGCACUUCAGCCAACAGCAACCUCCUUCAUAGUGAUAGGAGGUACGAGUACCACCUCAUCGGUAAAGAGCAAGGUGGCCAAGGUGACUUUCGGCUCCGACGUCAUCUCCACACAGACUAGUGUAACGAAUGUGGUGCUGAAGAACGUGGAUCUAUCAACUUCCGCUACACUUCAGCAGCUGCCUGUCGUGCUCCCAGCUGCUUUGCAGAAUUUAAGCCUUGCUAACACAAUGCUUACAAGCUUUCCAACCGUAGUCGCAAAUUUCACCAGUCUCCAGAAGCUUGAUCUGGACAUGAACUACAUCACCGAAAUUGCCGCGACCACAGCUAUGAAUUCCCUCAUGCACAUUUCAUUUCGUAACAAUGAUCUCGACAGCUUUCGCGCUGUUUUUCCAAACCUUGUUUCGCUGGAUCUGACGGACAACAAAUUUGCGAGUAUUCCACUUAGCAUCUAUAUCCAUUACAGCCUGGAUAAGCUGACAAUGAAGGGAAAUCCUCUGGCUUCCCCGUGGUUCACACAGGAUCAGGCGGACUUUUUGAGCAGGCUCACGCUUUUUGAUCUGGAAAACUCAGACUUUGCAAAAUCAAUCAACAGCUGCAGCUCGGCUAACCAGCGCAAAGUUCAUGCGUUGACCGUAUGCAUUUCGGAUAGUACGAGUGAUGCCAACACCUCCAAUUUUUCGUCCUUGACGUUAAAUGUGUUUGCCAUUGUAGGAAGCAUUGUGGGUGGCAUAUUGGUCCUUGCUAUCGUGGUGCUCGCUACAAUCUGGAUAUACAGGAACCAAGUCCGCCACUCGGAGCGCCACUCAAAAGGUGUUCGCGCGUCUUACUUUUAUGGUGUAUCACCGCCUCUCUCUCGAUCAUCUGCCGACAAAGGUUACCGUGGAGGCCGUCGUACACCUGUAAGUGGAGGGCCACGGUUUUGUCCAAAUGACUACGAGGAUGAUGGCAGCAAUUUUUCACCCCGAAUCUCGACUCGUAGUACGUAUAGCAACAAGAGCGCAACUGCGUAUUCGCUUUGGAACGAUGAAGAAUUGCUGUCAUUGCAGGUAAAGUAUGAUGAGAUUGAGGACAUUGGCACUAUCGGCAGCGGAGCGUGCGGUGUCAUUUGGCUUGUGAAGUACCGAGGAUCUCAGUUACUCGCCUCCAAGCGACUUCGAUCCGACCAGAUUACAAAGUGGCGUACGCAGGCGUUUAUUGAGGAGAUCAAGAUGGUAGCUCCAUUUGAUCAUCCGAAUGUUGUUCGUCUUAUUGGGUGCGCGUGGACAAUUGAGACGGAUUUGCAGGCGCUGUUUGAGUAUAUGGAAAAUGGUGAUCUUCGUGACUUUUUGCUUGAGCCGAGUUCGCCUCGUCAUUGGAGUCCAGAAUUGUUGCAGCUGGCGGUAGAUAUUAUCGAGGCGCUGGUGUAUAUACAUUCAUUCACGCCUCCACUGGUGCACCGUGAUCUAAAGUCUCGCAAUGUAAUGCUGUCAGGCGAGAUGAAAGCCAAGGUGACCGAUUUUGGUGCGUCAAGGUACAAAUCCGUUAACGAAACCAUGACUGCAGCUGUCGGUACGGGUCGUUGGUUGGCGCCAGAGGUGAUUUCAGGCAGUAGUAAGUACGACCAGUCCGUUGAUGUGUUCUCAUUUGGAGUUGUGCUGUCUGAAAUGGAUACGCACACGAUCCCGUACGACGACGUCCGGGACGCAAACGGCAAUCGUUUGAACGAUAUAGCCAUUCUACAGCUCGUGGCUAACGGUCAAUUGCGUCCUAAAUUUGGUGCAAGUUGUCCACCAGAGCUACGCAUGGUAGCUGAACGAUGUCUCAACCAGGAUCCUCAAAAGCGUCCGCCAGCGCAUGUUAUAGCAUACGAACUGCGUGUCAUUCAACGGUCACACUACACACUGCUGUAA